AUGCUCUACAACGCCCUCAUCCGUACUCAUCACAUCACAUCUCGCAAAAAGGUCUCUGCCCUCAAACGAGCAGCUGAUAUCCACAAAUGCUUUGUGCUUCUACGCUCCGGUGGCUGUCCGGGUAUCAUGUAUGUGGAGGGACAGGACAAAGAGGCUGUCGAGUCUUGGGUGAGUGUGGUGCGAAAUCUGCGAUAUAAAGAUUUUCAGCUCGUGACUCGUCCGGGUAUGUUGAUGGAUGAAAACCAAGACUGCAAGGUUGAUCCAAAUGAACGGUCUCGGCCAACGGCCUUCAUAGAGGGAACUCAGGCCGGGAUUUCAGAGGUGGAAAGUGUGAAGGAGUUUGGGAACUUAAUGGAGCAACGCGGUGUCUGGCAGUGGUGGAGAAAGGGGAUGGGCUAUAUGAAAUAG